AUGAAAGGAUUUUGUGCCCAGGAUAGACAACGCCUUUUGGUUUACGAGUAUAUGAAUCGUGGCUCAUUGGAUAGGACCCUCUUUGGCAGUGGGCCUGUUAUAAAAUGGCAAGAGAGGUUUGAUAUAGCACUCGGAACUGCACGCGGGCUGGCAUACUUGCAUUCUGGGUGUGACCAUAAGAUUAUCCACUGUGAUGUCAAACCAGAUAACAUUCUUUUGCACGACCACUUUCAGGCCAAGUUAUCUGAUUUCGGUCUCUCAAAGCUUCUAAGCCCCGAACAGUCGAGCUUAUUCACAACUAUGAGGGGCACUCGUGGCUAUCUUGCCCCGGAAUGGCUAACAAACUCGGCGAUUUCAGAAAAAACCGAUGUUUACAGCUACAGAAUGGUGCUUCUUGAACUUGUCAGUGGAAGGAAAAAUUGCUCAACCCGAUCUCAAAGCCAUAGCAAAGACAACAGUAACAGUGGUGGUGGCCAAUCAACAUCAUCAUCAGUAUCAAAACUGACUUAUUUCCCAUUAUUUGCAUUAGAGAUGCAUGAGCAAGGGAAGUACCUAGAGCUUGCUGAUCCAAGGCUAGAGGGAAGGGUAACAAGUGAAGAGGUUGAGAAAUUAGUGUGCAUUUCUCUGUGUUGUGUGCACGAGGAGCCAUCAUUGAGACCCAAUAUGGUUAGUGUUGUUGGGAUGUUAGAAGGCGGUAUAGCUUUCGUUCAACCGAAAGUAGAGUUGCUGAAUUUCUUGCGAUUUUAUGGGCGUAGAUUUACCGAGGCUUCCAUGAUAGAGGAUGAUAAUGGGCAUAGCAACAUUGUGGUUUUUCCAGGAGCAAGCAAUUCUGCCUCAAGCACAAGUGACUACCAUCCUUGUUUCUCCUAUAUCUCUUCGCAGGAGGUCUCCGGCCACAGAUAG